AUGUACCUGUCUCUGUACCAUGUGGCAGAACACCCGAAGAGCCAAAGCGCAACUCUCCCCUCCAGCGUUCCGUCAUGCAGGUCCCUGUCACCCAGUGAAGACGGCCCCAGCGGCCACUCCAGCCUCUCCGGUGGGGAGCUAGCUCGGAACCUGCAGGAAAGUGUCAGGCACCGCAUUCUCUACCUCUCAGAGCAGCUGCGGGUGGAGAAGGCCAGCCGGGAUAAGAACACUGUAGGCUACCUCAAGCUGGUGUUCAAAGCCGACCGGCACCAGGCGCCACACAUUCGGCAGGCCUUCGAGAAAGUGAACCAGCGUGUCUCAGCCACGAUCGCCCAGAUAGAGCGAAGGCUCCGCCAGUAUCACCAGCAGCUGCAGGAGCUGGAGGAGUGCUGCCGGGCGAAGGGCUUAGUGCUGAAGGCUGAAAGCAGCCUAGACAAUUGUGAGCAGCUGAGUGAGAGGGCUCCAUUUUUGGAGACCCCCAAGUCAGGCAGGAAAGACGGCCUGGCCAGCAACCUGUCCGAGGUUACCAGGCACUUCACUCUGGGCAAGUUCGCUGAGACGAAGCGAACAGUACAGCAGCAUGACCUGCUUGUGCAGAAGAUGAAGGAGGAGCUGACGGAGGUCAAGAAGCUGCAUCUCAGCCUCCAGGUGUCCUGUGAGGGCCUAAAGGAGAAGUAUCAGGCUGACCUGCAGCUGUUGCUGGAGGCCUUGCAGGAGAAGACAUGCAGACAAGAGUUGAUCGAAGAGCAGGUAAAUGACCACCUGCAGGGGUACCUGGAUGAGAUGUACUGCCUCAAACAGAAUCUAGCCUGCACUGAAGAGAAAUUGGCCUACCUGUCCUAUGAGAGAGCCAAGGAAAUAUGGGAAGUCAUGGAGACUUUCAAGAGCCGGAUAGCUAAGCUUGAAACUCUCCAGCAAGUGGCCCAAGUGGAGAUGGUGGAGAAGCUCAGAAGCCGUCCACAGGAGUUCCUGUUCAAGUUCAUUAGCAUACUCCUCACCUUGGCCACCAUCCUCUUGGCCUUCAUCUCCACCGUGUGUGCCUGCCCCUGGCUCCUUGUCAAGACGCGCCUGCGCACAUGCACCUCCCUUGUGCUGAUAGGACUGGGGAUGCUGGCCUGGCAGAAGCGGCAUGCCAUCCCCACCACCAGCUGGCAGGCCUGGGUCACCUCUAAGUGGAGACUCUAUGCCAAGGACCCCAAGCCUCUCUCAGAGGAAACAUAA